AAACAAAAAAAUCUUCCAGGUUUUCAGAGAUUUGCUUGACUGAGAGGGUUAUGCAGAUUCGCAGCUCCGGUAAAGCGGUUGGUUUCCGUAUCUGACCAAGCGGUGUUCGUCUCCGUCGAGAACCAGCAAUGGCGGAUGAACCGUUUCUCUCUCCAUUCCAAUCAAAUCUCACUCUUUUCUUCGACCAAAACCCCUAAACCCUAACCUUUAUUUCUCCAUCGAGCAAGCCCCAAAGCAUGCACAGAUUAACGAUCCGUCUCUGCUCAAUUUCACGAUCGUAUUGGAAAUUGAAAGAAUCUCAAUAUGGAAUUGCUGGCAGAGUGGAAACAUUGCAAACCUACACAGCUUUAAGUGGUCAUGGUUCUUUAAGGUAUGGGGCGGAACCAAUUUUGAGGUCUGUGCAGAUGCAAAUUGUUAAUGCACUUCGAUUGGGUGCAAGAAGUGUAGCUUCUAGUCUGCUAUCAGAUAUUGGCCACAGAAACCACUCAUUGACAGCCAGUGAUUUUAUUUAUAUUCUUGAGUAUUGUGCACGAUCGCCAGAUCCACUGUUUGGCAUGGAAACUUGGAGAAUUAUGGGUGAGAAAGAUGUUUAUUUGGACGAGAAGUGCUACCUUCUUAUUAUUCGAGCUCUUUGUAAAGGGGGUUACCUAGACGAGGCAUUCAAUUUGAUGAACAUUCUUGGAGAAAACCAUGACUUCCAUCCUAUUUUGCUUAUGUACAAUAAUUUCUUGGGAGGUUGUGCAAGAAUACAUAGUGUAAAUCAUGCCAAUGAAUGUUUGGAUUUGAUGGAGCGCCGAAUGGUGGGGAAGAAUGAAAUAACAUAUACAGAGCUUCUCAAGCUUGCAGUUUUGGAGCAAAAUUUAUCUGCAGUCCAUGAAAUUUGGAAGGAGUAUAUAAAAUAUUAUAGUCUCAGCAUUAUUUCUCUUCGAAAGUUUGUAUGGUCCUUUACAAGGUUGAGAGACUUGGAAGCUGCAUAUGAGUCCUUACAACACAUGGUGGAUUUGGCUUUUCGGGGAUGCUUCAUUAUUUGUAAAACAGCUGAAGGAAAGUUGUUCACUUCAAGAUUGGACAUUCCUAUACCUUCAAGCUGUGAGUUGGGCCUGCACAGAUGUAGCAAGGAGAAUGAAGAUUCUGAACUUUCUGGUUUUGUGAACGGUAAGAAAAUGGAGACUUUUGUUAGUAACCAUGAGCAAGUCAGUACUUUCUUCACAGGAAGGAAUGAAGUUGAUAAUGCUGGGCUAAGUGUGCUGAGAAAACAUAACAGUGCGUUUGUUAUGAAGGUCUUGAGGUGGUCUUUCAAUGAUGUGAUACAUGCUUGUGCACAAACUCUAAAUUGUAGGUUGGCAGAGCAAUUAAUUUUACAGAUGUGGAAUCUGGGUAUGGAACCAUCAUGCAGUACAUAUGAUGGCUUCAUAAGAGCAGUUGUUUUUGAAAGAGGUUUCCAUGAUGGCAUUGAACUUUUAAAGGCAAUGCAACAGAAGAAUUUGAAACCGUAUGAUUCAACUCUUGCAACCAUAGCAAUAGGUUGCUGCAAAGCGUUGGAACUGGAUUUAGCUGAGGCUUUGCUGGAUCAAAUUUCCAAAAGCCCUCAUGCGCAUGCUUAUAAUGCUUUUCUUGAGGCAUGUGACACUCUAGAUCAACCCGAACGUGCUGUUCGUAUAUUGGCUAGAAUGAAAGAAAUGAAACUCCAGCCAGAUAUCAGGACAUAUGAGCUGCUAUUUUCAUUAUUUGGCAAUGUGAAUGCACCCUAUGAAGAAGGCAAUAUGUUGUCACAGGUUGAUGUUGCCAAAAGGAUAAAUGCUAUAGAAAUGGAUAUGGUGAAAUAUAGCAUUCAGCACAGUCAUUCAUCAAUGAAGAACUUGUUAAAAGCACUUGGAGCAGAGGGGAUGGUGAGGGAGCUCAUCCAGUACCUACGUGUGGCAGAGAAUCAGUUUUCUCGUGGUUACUCUUGUCUAGGAACACCUACCUAUAACACAGUGUUGCAUUCACUUGUUGAGGCUAAGGAAAGUCACAUGGCAAUUGAGAUUUUCAAAUCUAUGAAAUCAUGUGGUUUUCUGCCAGAUGCUGCGACUUAUAAUAUUAUGAUUGAUUGCUGCAGCAUUAUAAGAUGUUUCAAAUCUGCUUGUGCAUUAGUUUCUAUGAUGGUGCGUGAUGGUUUUUCUCCACAGGCAGUAACUUACACAUCUCUUAUAAAGAUUCUGUUGGGGAAUGGAGAUUUUGAUGAAGCAUUAAAUCUUCUGGACCAAGGAAUCAUGGAAGGGAUCCAAUCUGAUGUAUUGUUAUUCAACACUAUUCUUCAAGGAGCAUGUGAAAAGGGAAGAAUUGAUAUAAUUGAGCUUAUUGUUGAGCGGAUGCACCAAAAGAAUGUCCAGCCUGAUCCGUCAACCUGCUAUUUUGUGUUCUCUGCAUACAUCGAUCAUGAUUACAUCAGCACGGCUAUGGAAGCGUUGCAAGUUCUAAGUAUGCGAAUGAUUUCUGAAGAAGAUGGCAUUCUUGAAGAAAAGAGAACUGAAUUAGAGGAAAGCUUUAUCCUUGCUGAAGACUUGGAAGCCGAGUCACGCAUUCUCAAGCUUUUCAGAGAUUCUCAAGAGAAUCUUGCUGUUUCCCUCCUGUAUUUAAGAUGGUGUGCUACACUUGGGUUCGAGAUUUCAUGGCUUCCUAACCGAAGUCUAUGGGCCAAGAGACUUUCAAGUAAUUAUAGUUCUAGAGAAGGUGUCGCUGUGAGAUGAGGUCUCUGGCUCAAAGCGGCUUUGGAGUUGGCUAAAAUUUUGUUGCUGGUUUUGGGGCCAACUCCAUCCAAUUUUGCGUACUCGUUAAUGACGAGCUGCUGGAGAUUACAAGUUCUUGUCGUCCUGCUGACAGAAAAUUAUAUUCAAUAGUCCUUAUAAAUGGUCUCUCGUGUCAAUUUGGCCCUUGUAGUACCAAUUGUAAUAAUUUUAUUUUUUAAUUUUUCACAUUAUGUUAAUUUAGUCUAGUUGAUGUCACCCGUAAAAAGAUUGGACAGAAAUCAAAUUGGAUGUUGACUCAAUCACUUUAAGAAGAGCGAAUGAACUAUUUUGCUCUUGAUUUCAGUCUAAUUUUUGAAAGGUGUUAUUAAUUGGAAUAUAUUAUCAUAAUGUGAGAGUUUCAAAAUUAAAAUUGAUGCAACUUUAAGGACGAAAUUGACAUGCAUAGGAUAUAAGAACUUGUUCUAUAGAUUUGGCAAAGAUAAACACCCCUUUGUUGGGUGGUUGCUUGUAUUUUAUGUUGUAACUGGCAAGAUUACAAGAUGUACCUCUGAAGAGUACAAAACAUCUUAUGUAAGAUUAUCAUGGUAGGUGGCAUAGCAUGUAAGGUUGUAUUUCUUCAAUUUUUGGCCCAUACUGGUCAGGUGGCAAGAAUGGAAGAGCAAUUACAUGA